GACAAAGGGGAAAAAAUCAAGAAGAGAUUUCAAACUGGAAAAAGUAAAGUAUGCAGAAUUGAACAACAGAUUACAUGAAAAGGUCAAAGGAGAUUAUUUUUUCCAUUAGGAAAAAGAGGGAAAUAUCUAGAGGUGAGUGAGGAGGAAAAAGACAAUUGGAUAGCCACUAAAGGUAGACAGUAAUGCAGGCCUUGCUUGUGAGGAAAAAAACAGCUUUGAAUCAAAGCUCCAUGCAACAAAAGAUCACAUGUAUUUUUGACCUCUUCAAGAACAUAAGUGGUGGAAAAGCUCCAUAGAUGUGCCUAUUGUGGGAAAAGCACACAUAGCAAAUCAUAUAUUAUGCAUAACAGGAUCCACACUGGAGGAAAGCCAUACAAAUUCUCCGAAUGUGGGAAAAGAUUUAGUUAGAUCAGCUCCCUUGUGGUUCAUGAAAGGACCCACACAGCUAUAGCUGCUACCAUUGCUGUAAAUGCUUUUGCAAGCAUGGCAAUAUGGUAAUACAUCAGAGGACUCACACGAGGGGGAAACCUUUUGAAUUUGCUAAGAUUGUGGGAAAACUUUCAGUCAUAAUUCCAACCUGCUGAUACACUAAAGAUGGACACAGGAAAGAAAUCAUAUAACUGUCCUUAUUGUGGGAAAGGUUUCAUUGCAAAUUCCAAGCUGGUGAUACACCAGAGGACCCACACAGGAGAAAAACCCUUUGAAUGUCCUGAUUGUGGCAAACGUUUCAGUCAGAAUUCAAGCCUGGCGAUACACAAAAUGACUCACACAGAAGAGAAACCCUUUGAAUGUUCUGAUUGUGGCAAACGUUUUAGUAGGAAUUCCUGUUUGGUUAAACACCAGAGGACGCACACAGGAGAGAAACCCUUUGAAUGUCCUGAUUGUGGGAAAGGUUUCAGUGAGAAUUCUAACCUGGUAAACCACCAGAGGGCUCACACAGGAGAGAAACCCUUUGAAUGUCUUCAUUGUGGCAGAAGUUUCAGUCAGAAUUCCAACCUGGUGAAACAUCAACGGACUCACACAGGAGAGAAACCCUUUGAAUGUCCUGUUUGUGGGAAAGGUUUCAGUCAGAAUUCAAGCCUUGUGAUUCAUCAGAGGACUCACACAGGAGAGAAACCCUUUGAAUGUUCUGAUUGUGGCAAACUUUUCAGUUUGAAUUCCAAUUUGGUUACACACCAGAUGACUCACACAGGAGAGAAACCCUUUGAAUGUCCUGAUUGUGGGAAAAGUUUCAGUCAAAGGGCCAGCUUGGUGGUACACCAGAGAACUCACACAGGGGAGAAACCCUUUGAAUGUCCUGAUUGUGGGAAAGGUUUCAGUGAGAAUUCUAACCUGGUGAACCAUCAGAGGGCUCACACAGGAGAGAAACCCUUUGAAUGUCUUCAUUGUGGCAGAAGUUUCAGUCGGAAUUCCAACCUGGCGAAACACCAACGGACUCACACAGGAGAGAAACCCUUUGAAUGUCCUGUUUGUGGGAAAGGUUUCAGUCAGAAUUCAAGCCUGGUGACACACCAAAGGAUUCACACAGGAGAGAAACCGUACAAAUGUCCUGAUUGUGGGAAAGGUUUCAGUCAGAAUUCAAGCCUGGUGAAACACCAGACGACUCACACAGGAGAGAAACCCUUUGAAUGUUCUGAUUGUGGCAAACGUUUCAGUUUGAAUUCCCAUUUGGUUAAACAUCAAAGGACUCACACAGGAGAGAAACCUUUUGAAUGUCCUGAUUGUGGGAAAAGUUUCAGUCAGAAUUCUGAGCUGGUAAACCAUCAGAGGACUCACACAGCAGAAAAACCAUUUGGAUGUCCUGAUUGUGGGAAAGGUUUCAGUCGGAAUUGCUACCUGGUGGAACACCAGAGGACUCACACAGGAGAGAAACCAUUUGAAUGUUCUGAUUGUGGCAAACGUUUCAGUUGUAAUUCCAGUUUGGUUAAACAUCAAAGGACUCACACAGGAGAGAAACCUUUUGAAUGUCCUGAUUGUGGGAAAAGUUUCAGUCAAAGGUCCAACUUGGUGGUACACCAGAGGACUCACACAGGGGAGAAACCCUUUGAAUGUCCUAAUUGUGGGAAACAUUUCAGUGAGAAGUCCAAACUGAUGAAACACCAGAGGACUCACAAAAGAGAAACGAUAUGUUGUGGCAAAUGUUUCAGUCGGAACUCCAAUUUGCUUAAACACCAGAGGACUCAUUUAGGAGAGAAACCCUUUAAAUGUACUGAUUGUGGGAAAGGUUUCAGUUUGAAUUCCCAUUUGGUUAAACACCAGAGGACUCACACAGGAGAGAAACCCUUUGAAUGUCCUGUUUGUGGGAAAUGUUUCAGCCAGAAUUCCCACCUUUUGGAACACCAGAGGACUCACACAGGAGAGAAACCCUUUGAAUGUUCUGAUUGUGGCAAACGUUUCAGUUGGAAUUCCAAUUUGGUUAAACACCAGAGGACUCACACAGGAGAGAAACCCUUUGAAUGUUCUGAUUGUGGCAAAUGUUUCAGUUGGAAUUCCAAUUUGGUUAAACACCAGAGGACUCACACAGGAGAAAAACCCUUUGAAUGUUCUGAUUGUGGGAAAAAUUUCAGUUGGAACUCCAGCCUGGUGAUACACCAGAGGACUCACACAGAAGAGAAACCCUUUGAAUGUCCUGUUUGUGGGAAAUGUUUCAGCCAGAAUUCCCACCUUUUGGAACACCAGAGGACUCACACAGGAGAGAAACCCUUUGAAUGUUCUGAUUGUGGCAAACGUUUCAGUUGGAAUUCCAAUUUGGUUAAACACCAGAGGACUCACACAAGAGAAAAACCCUUUGAAUGUCCUGAUUGUGGGAAAGGUUUCAGUCGGAAUUGCUACCUGGUGGAACACCAGAGGACUCACACAGGAGAGAAACCCUUUGAAUGUUCUGAUUGUGGCAAACAUUUCAGUCAGGAUUUUGAGCUGGUGAACCAUCAGAGAACUCACACUGCCGAAAAACCAUUUGAAUGUGCUGAUUGUGGGAAAAAUUUCAGUUGGUACUGCAGCCUGGUGAUACACCAGAGGACUCACACAGGAGAGAAACCCUUUGAAUGUCCUGUUUGUGGCAAAUGUUUCAAUCAGAAUUCCCACCUGUUGGAACACCAGAGGACUCACACAGGAGAGAAACCCUUUGAAUGUUCUGAUUGUGGCAAACGUUUCAGUUGGAAUUCCAAUUUGAUUAAACACCAGAGGACUCACACAGGAGAAAAACCCUUUGAAUGUUCUGAUUGUGGGAAAAGUUUCAGUUGGAACUCCAGCCUGGUGAUACACCAGAGGACUCACACAGAAGAGAAACCGUUUGAAUGUCCUGUUUGUGGGAAAUGUUUCAACCAGAAUUCCCACCUAUUGGAACACCAGAGGACUCACACAGGAGAGAAACCCUUUGAAUGUUCUGAUUGUGGCAAACAUUUCAGUUGGAAUUCCAAUUUGAUUAAACACCAGAGGACUCACACAGGAGAAAAACCCUUUGAAUGUUCUGAUUGUGGGAAAAGUUUCAGUUGGAACUCCAGCCUGGUGAUACACCAGAGGACUCACACAGAAGAGAAACCGUUUGAAUGUCCUGUUUGUGGGAAAUGUUUCAACCAGAAUUCCCACCUUUUGGAACACCAGAGGAUUCACACAGGAGAGAAACCCUUUGAAUGUUCUGAUUGUGGGAAAGGUUUCAGUCAGAAUUCCAUCCUGGUGGAACACCAGAGGACUCACACAGGAAAAUGUCCUGAUUGUGGGAAAAGUUUCAGUCAAAAGUCCAACUUGGUGGAACACCAGAGGACUCACACAGGGGAGAAACCCUUUGAAUGUCCUAAUUGUGAGAAACAUUUUAGUGAGAAUUCCAAACUGGUGAAACACCAGAGGACUCACACAAGAGAAAUGAUAUGAAUGUCCAGAUUGUGGAAAAAGUUU